CGGAUUCCGAGAGUUCGGGCAGAUCCAGAGUUUUGGAUAUUUGGAGAUGGAGGCCGAGUUACCGAGGAGGUUUCGUGGGCACUCAGGAGGGAGGUCUAGUAGUAGGAAAAGCAGGUGCAGAUCCUCAUGUUGAUAGAGUUGUGACAAAAUGCCCACAUGGGAGAGUAAGCUUUUUCCGUGAUGGGCUGCGGAACAAGUAAAGUUCUCCCGGAGCCCCCUAAGAACGUCCAGUUAGACUUGGUGAAAAAGGUGGAACCUUACUUGGGUUUAAAAACCGACCCAUAUAAGCACUUCAUUACAGACAAUGGACAUACUGGUUUAAAAGGGGGUUCCCCAUCUCCUCCAUACCCCAGUGGAUACCCCCAGAGUCAUACAGAAAAUGCUGAUCCUCGAAGACUUAAAGUUGCAAAGUACAGAGCAAAGUUUGAUCCACGAGUAACAGCAAAGUAUGAUAUAAAGGCUCUCAUUGGGAGAGGGAGCUUCAGCAGGGUUGUACGAGUAGAACAUAAAGCCUCCAAACAACCCUAUGCUAUUAAAAUGAUAGAGACCAAAUACAGAGAGGGGAGAGAAGUCUGUGAAUCUGAGCUUAGUGUAUUGAGACGUGUUCGGCACACCAACAUCAUACAACUCAUUGAAGUAUUUGAGACCCAAGAGAGAGUUUAUAUGGUGAUGGAGCUAGCAACAGGUGGAGAACUGUUUGAUCGCAUCAUUUCAAAGGGCCUCUUUACUGAGAGAGAUGCCACUCGUGUGUUGCAAAUGGUCCUAGAGGGGGUUAAAUAUUUACACACUCUAGGCAUCACCCACAGAGACCUAAAGCCUGAAAAUCUGCUGUAUUAUCACCCAGGGACUGACUCUAAAAUUAUGAUUACAGAUUUUGGGCUCGCAAGUGCUCGUAAAAAAGGAGAUGAUUGUUUAAUGAAAACCACAUGUGGCACGCCUGAGUAUAUUGCACCAGAAAUUCUGGUUAGAAAGCCAUAUACUAACUCUGUGGAUAUGUGGGCUCUUGGAGUGAUAUCUUACAUACUUCUGAGUGGGACCAUGCCUUUUGAGGAUGAUAACAGAACCAGGCUAUAUCGGCAAAUUUUAAAGGGGAAAUAUAGCUACUCUGGAGAGCCUUGGCCCAGUGUCUCAAACCUGGCAAAAGACUUUAUUGAUCGCCUGCUGAUGGUGGACCCAGCUGAACGGAUGACAGCAACGCAAGCUUUGAAGCAUCCAUGGGUGGUGAGCAUGGCUGCCUCCUCAUCAAUGAAGAACCUACACCGCUCUAUCUCUCAGAACUUGUUAAAGAGAGCAUCUUCCCGUUGCCAGAGCACCAAAUCUGCACAGUCCACUCGCUCCAGCCGCUCCACCAAAUCAACCAAAUCACGGAAAGUGAGAGAAAGGGAACUGCGGGAACUGAACCUCCGGUACCAGCAGCAUUACAAUGCGUGAGGGGCGUUGGAGUGUUUAUUUAAGUGCCUCUUCUUUUGCCUCUGCACAAUGGUUCUCAGCACUGCAGAUUAGCAAAACUGUGCCUUUAAAGCCUACAGAAACAAGAGAUAAUUGGUGCUUUUACUUUCAGACCAUUCCUUGUCCAUACAAAUGACUUCUGUAGAUUGAAGUGACGCGUGUGUAUGCAGGAGGGACAAGGUUUAAGGACAGUAACUGGAACAAGCAGCCAAAUCAAGUCCUUGAGUGCCUUUAAUGAAUUGCCUACUUGAAGUGCUCACAGAGCAUCCGGAGUGUUGCACCAUUGACUAAUAUGGAUGCAUCUUACAAAGAAUUUAAACUCCAGCUUGAAGUGAAGGAACUACAUUUGGACAUUUUAGGGCAUAACCUUUCUCAGUAUUUGUCAGAUAAUUGUUACCUUCUUCAGAUAGUCAAUUCUAUUAACAGUAUCUUGUGUACUGGAUACCUAGUCACAUAGUCCCCAGUUGCUAACUAAAUACAAAAUGAGUGACUGUAAUUACUGCUGACCUUUCUUGUGGUUCUUAUUAAUAUUUAUUUCAACCUUCCUCAAUACAUAUACUGUAUAACUGCAGUGUGUUCAUGCUCUUGCACCCCAGCUCUAGUGACAUAUUGGGAACAUGUUGAGUGUAAGGGGUGUUGAAAGGGAUUCAUCAAAGGGAACGAAACGCAAUUUUUUUUCUUUUAUGGUUCAGAUAGCUAAACAUUUUCGGGUUUAGAGUCCCUUACAAUCUAUAAUUCUGAAAUAAAACAAAUGUAAACGCCUAUAAUUUAAUUAAAAUAAUAAUAUUGUAUACAGUAGCAGUAUAUUACAAUUUUACUUAGAAGGCCCUUUCAUGGUAAGGUUUCCAGAACCGCUUCCUUUCUUAUAGUAGUAGGUGAAAAGAUCAGAUCUGUAUUGAACUUGGGAUACAAUGGGCUUAAUGUGAAACUGAUGGUAAAUACACAAAGUAUUUUAACUUGGCCUAUUCUAGAUUAAACUCCAAAACCCACUCAACAAUUUUCAGUAUUUUAUGGAAUUUAUCUACUUAUUUACAUAACAUCAAUUGUGAACUUCCCAGUAGGAGUGGGAGAAAGAGAGCCCGGCAUAUUUUAAAGGAUGUUCCUGCAACAGCUUUGAAUACAAUGAAUGGCUAUUGCUACUUGCCUCAGUACAUUGUCAAUUUCAUUUUAAUAAGGGAAGGUGCCUGCGGCACUAAAAAUGAAGUUGGUUGUUUGGAAAUAUUUUUUUUCUGUUUAAUACUUUACUAUUAUAAACCUUUUCAUGUCAACGAACCUUAGAAAUGUAACAAAUUAGAAUAUCGCUAGAGCUUCUUUGUUACAUCCAGCUUGCCCACAUUUGUGUACCAUAUUAAGUAUUUCAUUCAAAUUGUUAAUAGAAUGUUAAAGUUAAAGGGACAGUCAACACCAGAAUUGUUGUUGUUUUAAAAGAUAGAUAAUCCCUUAUAUAAUAGUUAUAUAAAUACACGUUUUACCUCUGUAAUUACCUUGUAUCUAAGCCUCAGCAGACUGCACCCUUAUUUCAGUUCUUUUGACAGACUUGCAGUUUAGUCAAUCAGAGCUGUCUCCAUGGUAAAUUCACGUGCAUGAGCUCAAUGUUAUCUAUAUGAAACACGUGAACUAAUGCAUUCUAGUGGUGAAAAACUAUCAAAAUGGAUUUAGAUUAGAGGCGGCCUUCAAGGUCUAAUAAAUUAGCAUAUGAACCUCCUAGGUUUAGCUUUCAACUAAGAAUACCAAGAGAACAAAGCAAAAUUUUGUGAUAAAAGUAAAUUGGAAAGUUAUUUAAAAUUUCUAUGCCCUAUUUGAAACAUUAAAUUUUUUUUAUACUUGACUGCCCCUUUAAACCUUUUUAUUCAGAUAGACUGUAUGGUCUCCAACAGAAUAUAUAUAUAUAUUGUAUAUUCUCUGAAUCAUGAAAGUUUAUGGUUGACGUUCAUGUUUUUGUGUUUUAGAAAUACCAUUAUGACUCACUUAAAGGGAUAGUCUACACUAAAAUUUUUGUUGUUUAAAAAGAUAAACGCCUUUACUACCCAUUCCACAGCUUUGCACAACCAACAUUGUUAUAUUAAUAUACUUUAUAGCCUUUAUACCUCUAAAUUUCUGAUUCUUAUCACAUGCUUUAUUUGCUUUUCACAAUUGGAGACUGCUAGUCCAUGUGGGCCAUAUAGAUAACAUUGUGUUCAUGCCCGAGGAGCUAUUUAAGAUUUAGCACAACACAGUACUAAAUGCAACUCAAUAGAUAAUAAACAGUCACAGUCAUGUGAUCAGGGGGCUGUCAGAAGAUGCUUAGAUACAAGGUAAUCACAGAGGUAAAAAGUAUAUUAAUAUAACUGUUGGUUAUGCAAAUCUGGGGAAUGGGUAAUAAAGGGAUUAUCUAUCUUUUAAAACAAUAACAAUUCUAUUGUAGAGUGUCCCUUUAAUAUUGGACCUUGUGCAUUUUCAGCAGUUUCUUCCUAUAUUUAAAAAAGACAAAUAGGGACAUUCCUUUUCUUGAACGUAUUUGUUUGCUGCUCUUAGAACUUUCAAUUAAAAAAGUUAGCAGCGUCAUUAAACAUGUAUACUUAUAUCCAUUCUCACUGCUAUUUGCUACCAUACAAACACUUGGCCGCAGAAUCCUUUUAUUGCUUUACAUUUAGGGACUUUAAUGGACAUGUGGCGUAUGCCUUUAUCUAUGCAGUAGAAUGCUUUAGCUAUUCGCAUACAUUAUUCCAAUCCUGAAAAACAAGGAAAAACCAUCUUAUACUCAUUUACAGCAGAAUGAUUUAAAUGUACAAUCACACAACCUUUUUUGAAUUGCAUAUUCCUGUUUUGAUUUGAAUCUGAAUAGAUCAAGUUAACAUAACAAUGAGCUGAUAGUAUCUGUUUGAUAGUCUAUGGUCACCUUAAAAUGAAGCGUACGUAUUUGUCCCCUUACGGUGCAGCCUUUACACAGAUCUGGAUGUUUCACCUAACCAUGCAUUGGGGUACAAAAUCUUAAGGUUAGCCUAGUUUGUAAGUAGCGCACAAGCUCACUAGUAGUUUUACAUAGUCAAACAUGGUCUAUCAUUCCUAUAAAAACUGCAAAGAAACUUUUGCUGAUGGAAAGAAGAAAAUAAUUGUCUGUCCAUUUAAAGCUCCAAUAAAAUGUGAGUUGAUCUAAAAGUUUAUUUAAGCUGGAACAAAUGUCCUUUGGAAUACUGCAUUUGUCUGUGAUAAUGAUGUAUUUAGUAAAAUACAAAGCCUUUUGGUACAGAUGUAGGGAAAGGUUUGGUAAGACAACCCUGUAAGUGCCACUUUACACCUCCCCUUGCUUUAAAAAAAACAAAAAAAAACUGGGCCAAGAAUAAAUUGUGUGCCCAUUAAUGUCUCAUUCAUCUAUUGCAACUAUUUUCGUGAAUGGAUCAUAAUAAGUUUAAAAUCUGUUCUCCCUACAGAGGAAGCUUAUACUAAUGUGAAAUGAAGAAAUUGUUAUUUAUAAAUUAUAUAACUUUUUACUUAAUUUGAAUAGUAUUUGAAUGAUUAAUUAGUUUAGUGUUCCACAUUAUGGUAUUUUUGGCUAUAAUGAUUUUUAUACUAUUGAUAGGUAGCACAUAUUGUUUACCUAUUGAACAUUCAAGUUCAUCUUUUCAAAAAAAACUCCCCAUCUUGUAUUUAAUUUACAUGAGCAUGUCCCCUCUUACAAAAGUGUUCAAGUCUUAAUUAAAAGGGCUGUGCAUUUUGCCAACUGCAAGAUCACUUUUACUGACAUUUAUUCUUAGGGUUUAUUGUCAUGAAAAUAAUUUAGAUAAUAACGGCACAGUGUUUUUUGGACCUUUCUAUUUUUUCGUGUCUGUGCUUUUAGUAUUAAAUGUAUAAUACUAGAAAUGGGGACACACAUGACUAUGUGCAGCCACCUUCAGCAUGACCUCAGUGUGACCUUUUUCAGUUCUGAUUGUCAUAAUAGAUUCCAGAUCUGGAAAGUGAAUUAAAUGGGCUGAAGAUUCGUUUUAGCGGUACAGGUUUAUUUUACAUAGUUUUUGUUGGCCACAAUGUAGGUCUUUUUUGUUGGCAUUCUGUGGUAUAUUAAUAAUCUAGAAAGUGCAAUAUACUACUAAAAUUCACCUCAAGGUCUACUGUACCAUUUUCUGAGUUAAACAUAUUUGGCCAACCCUGAUCCAACAUAGAUUAAAUGAACAGUAAAGUCAAAAUGAAACUUUCAUGGUUUAGAUAAAAUAUGCAAUUAAAAUCCUAAAUCUUUACGAUUUACUUUUGUUCACAAUUUUUUGUUUGUUUGAAGAGUAAAAAUAGCUAGGCUCCUAUACAUUGCACCAAAAGCUUCUGCAAUAGAGUCCUGAGCCUUCCUAGGUUUAUGCUUCAACAAAUUUGAUGAUAAAAGUAAAUUGUAAUGUUUUUGUUAAAAUUGCACACUACCCGAAUCAUGAAAGUUUAAUUAUCAGUCCCUUUAUUUAAGGUAGCAAAUCCUGAAUACACAUUGACUGGGAUUAAUGACAAACUGAAAAGUAAACAGUACACUAAAAUUGUUUCAUAUUAAACAGAUUUGUGUUGUGUUUUUGUUACAUUAUUAUUUCCCUGUGAUGUAUAUUGCAAUAAAAUUCAGUGUUCUGUAUCUGUGUAUCUGAAUAUUUCAUGUUUCUAAUAAAACAACUCCUUAUUUGUAACUUCAUCUCCUUUUGCAGAUCUUAUGCAAGUGUUUUUCACUAAGUGACCUUUAAAGAGGAAAAUGUGUCUCAUUGUUCUUAAGGUUUUCAUGUAUUUGCUUCUGAGCAACAGCUGUGAAAUCCAAAGUUUUUGUCAAUUAAAAGAUACACGUUUGUAUUAAAA